AUGCCCAGGAGGCAUACAGCUGGGGCGCGGGGGGUCGCUGUAGCGCCUGAAGCCCGGGGGCCGCUUGGUCCCCGGCACCGCUGGAGUCUGUGGAUGGAUGGCCGCUGGCCACACCUGACACCAAGAUUCCUGGGGGAGCCGCCCCGUGGGAUCCGCCGUCCGCCGGCGUUGUCCACGGGGUCCGGACCCUCCACCCGAGGGCCGUAUGCCGCAGCCAACCCCCGCCCGCCAGGGCGAUCGGGCUGGAACACCUGCGUGCGGACCGGCGCUGAGGGGCUUAGUGGGGGCAAUUGGAUGGCCGCCCGCGUCACCCCCGGUACGCCGAGGGUGCCGCGCCGGCCGGGCGCCGCGUGCGCCCCUUCCGUGAUAUCUACAUUCUAG